UAGUGCAGCCCUAAAAUAAAAUAAAAGGGGAAAAAUCUGCUGGAAAUUGGCAUCGGAUCCGAGACUGAGACAUACAAGAGAAGAGAACACCGACUUGACCAACACACGAUCGAUUCGGAGCAUCCGCUGAUUGAGGUUGUGUUCCCUACGCACCUCCUCGCCGAUUCUGAUGCUUUCUUUGCUCUGAAAUCUAAAGAGCUCUCUAAGUUGUAGUCAUUGUUAGAGUGUGGAACUUAUUUGUUUUUACACACUAAAGGGCCUCAUGUCAAACGUAGAGGAUAACAAAGAACAACAACAAAUGGAUGUCAAUGCAUCUAAUGAGUCGAGUAACAUGCCGUCAUCCCAGAAGCAGGAGGAAGCUAUAAAGAAAAAAUAUGGAGGAAUGAUGCCCAAAAAGCCACCUCUCAUAUCUAAGGACCAUGAGCGCGCUUACUUUGAUUCCGCCGAUUGGGCACUUGGAAAGCAAGGUGGCGAGAAGCCUAAGGGACCACUUGAAGAACUUAGACCUAAACUACAGCCAACACAACAACAAACACGCUACCGGAAAUCUCCCUAUGCUCCUGAAGGAGAAGAAGGGGGAAGCGUUCCACCAGAGGAUUCUCCAUCUGUAGAAGGGGGAAGCGUUCCACCAGAGGAUGGACUUCCACCAGAGGAUUCUCCAUCUGUAGAAGGGGGAAGCGUUCCACCAGAGGAUUCUCCAUCCAACGAGUAAAAGCAGCAAAUCAGUCUUUUCAUGAUGUGCUGACAAUCAUUGUUCUGAUACCUGUGUAGGUAUGACCUUUCGUUGUUUUUCAACAAUAAAGGAAAGUUGAAUUUGUGUAUUCAUAUAUUAGCAAAAGACCAAUGAUUUGAACUUGCAGCUAUAUGCUGUAAAAGACUUACUGGGAUUAUGAUU